CCGCAGACUCUCCGCUCCUGGACUUCCCGCGCGUCCGCCCAUGGCCGGGAAGGUGCUGUCACUGCUGCCGCCGCUGCUGCUAGCCGCGGCAGGCCUCGCCGGCCUUCUGCUGCUGUGCGUCCGCACACGCGACGUCCGGGAACCUCCCGCCCUCAAGUACGGCAUUGUCCUGGAUGCUGGCUCUUCCCACACAUCCAUGUUUGUCUACAAGUGGUCAGCAGACAAGGAGAAUGACACAGGCAUAGUGGGCCAGCACAGCUUCUGUGAUGUUGAAGGUGGGGGCAUCUCCAGCUAUGCAGACAACUCUUCUGGGGCUGGCCAGAGUCUUGUUGAAUGCCUUGAACAGGCAUUGCAGGAUGUGCCCAAAGAGAGACAUUCAGACACACCACUCUACCUGGGAGCUACAGCAGGCAUGCGCCUGCUCAACCUGACCAAUCCAGAGGCCUCAGCCAGCGUGCUUGCAGCAGUGACACAGACCCUGACCCAGUACCCCUUUGAUUUCCGUGGUGCACACAUCCUUUCAGGCCAGGAUGAAGGGCUGUUUGGCUGGGUGACUGCCAACUACCUGCUGGAGAACUUCAUCAAGUGCGGCUGGGUGGGCCGGUGGUUCCGGCCAAGGAAGGGGACGCUGGGGGCCAUGGACCUGGGGGGUGCCUCCACACAGAUCACCUUUGAGACAGCCAGUCCAGCUGAGGACCAAAACAAUGAGGUCCAGCUGCAGCUCUAUGGCCAGCAUUACCGCGUAUAUACUCACAGUUUCCUCUGCUAUGGCCGAGACCAGAUCCUCCAGAGACUGCUGGCCAGUGCCCUCCAGACACAUCGCUUCCACCCCUGCUGGCCCAAAGGCUAUUCCACACAAGUGCUGCUCCAGGAUGUUUACCAGUCACCAUGCACCAUGGCCCAGCAGCCCCAAACCUUCAACAGCAGAGCCAGGGUCAGGCUAUCGGGGACCAGCGACCCAGCCCUCUGCCGUGACCUUGUCUCUGACCUCUUCAACUUCUCCUCCUGCCAAUUCUCCCGAUGUUCCUUCAAUGGGGUCUUCCAGCCUCCCGUGGCUGGAAACUUUAUUGCCUUCUCUGCUUUUUUCUACACCGUAGACUUCCUGAGGACUGUGAUGGGGCUGCCAGUGACCACCCUACAGCAGCUAGAGGCAGCCGCAGUGACUGUCUGCCACCAGACCUGGGCUGAGCUGCAGGCUCGGGCACCAGGGCAACAGGCUCGCCUGGCCGACUACUGCGCCGGGGCCAUGUUCGUGCAGCAGCUGCUGAGCCGGGGCUACGGCUUUGAUGAGCUCGCUUUCCGCGGUGUGGCCUUCCAGGAGAAGGCGGCGGACACAGCGGUCGGUUGGGCGCUCGGCUACAUGCUAAACCUGACCAACAUGAUCCCCGCAGACCCGCCGGGGCUGCGCAAGGGGACCAAUUUCAGCUCCUGGGUUGUCCUUUUGCUGCUCUUCGCUACAGCGCUCUUGGCCGCACUGGUCCUACUGCUGCUCCAGGUGCGCUCCGCCAAGUCGCCGAGCGCCAUCUAG